AUGUUCUUCAAUAUAUUUAUGACACCAAUCAUUUGGUUCAAUCUUCUACUAUGCAUCGUUUCUGAUAAUGAAACUUCCAAUCUACCUAAUUUCGACCCUUUUUCUGGCAUCUCAGAUAGCCUUGAUAUCUUCGAUUACAACAAUUUUGAGCCAUUGUUUAGCUCAGAAUUUCCAUCCGAUCCUUCGCAGUUCAUUAAUUUCGCUCAGUUGAGUGAAACUGAGGAUAUAAGCAGUGAAGAAUCGAAAUCUGAAACUAAUCAGAUCACAAAUUCUCCUCAUCUUGGCUUUUCCGAUAUCUAUGAUCCCUUUGGCCACACUAAUUUGGAGUUAUCACUUAGCUCAGAUAUGGACUCAUACAGGAAUGUGUGGAGAGAUGCUAACGAAGAAUUAAAAACGGGUGAUGAUAACGUGCGAUAUCCUUCCAUUAGAGAUGCUCAAAAUGAAACUUCUUCCUCACUUAAUCUCGACAGUGAUGAUAUUAUCACAUAUAUGCACUUACCUGGCUCACAACAAAGUGCCAUUUUUCACCAACUUGCUCUUUCCUCAGAUGACACUUCCAGUCAAAGCGCAACUGGUGAACAGAGCAACAUCGACAAUAAGUACUCAGAUUACUUGAAUAUCCUCGAUUACAAGGAAAAUGCCUAUAAAGAAUCAGAAACAGAUAAGAAAAAUUAUACUUGUCAUUAUCGCGGGUGUACUGUAACCACGAAAAAUCACAAAGAAUAUCUAACACAUAGGAAAACACACAGUCAGCCCUUCAUCUAUGAAUGCAAAGUGUCCGGUUGUGGACGAAUAUUUGACCAUGAAUCAUCAUUUUACAAUCACAUACAGACGCAUGAACCUCGUCCUCAGUGCAAGGAUUGUGGCAAAUUCCUCGUCAAUAGGAAUGCACUACGAAAACACAAGUGGCUCUGCGAAACAAAAUCUCACGAACGAAGGUAUGAAUGCCUUUAUCCCGGAUGUGCUACGGUUACGAAAAGUUAUAAAGAAUAUGUAGCACAUAGGAAAGUACACGGUCAACCUUUCAUCUAUGAAUGCAGAGUGCCUGGUUGUGGACGGACAUUCAACCAUGAUUCAACACUUUAUUAUCAUAAGCAAACGCAUAAACCUCACCCUCAGUGCGAGCGUUGCGGCAAAUUCUUCCAUAGCAUGAUUGUGCUAUUUAGGCAUAAGAAGCUCUGCCAAAUAAAAUCUCCUGGAAAAAGCUACGAAUGUCUUUAUCCCGGGUGUGCUGUGGUCCCGAAAAGUCGUAACGAAUAUGUGACACAUAGAAAAACACACGGUCAACCCCUCAUCUAUGAAUGCAGAGCGCCCGAUUGUGGGCGAAUAUUCAGCAGUGAAUCGUCAUUUCGCAAACACAAACAAACGCAUGAACCUCAUCCCCAGUGCGAGGAUUGUGGCAAAUUCUUCACCACCAGGAAUGGACUGCAAAAACACAAAAAGAUCUGCCAAAAAAAAUCUCGUUAG